GCUCCGAAACUUCACUCAUGAAUCCUACUUGUUUGGUUCAUACAGUUUCUGAACUUUCUUCUUCCCUCUCCUUUUCGUCAAAACCUUAACUUGUUGAUUGGCAAAACAGAAAGAGUAGUGAAUCAAUUGUGAAAGCGAAAGAAGAUUAGGAGGUGAAAAUGAGCGGUCGUUGUAGAAAGAAUGUGAAACAAAAUGUUGCAGAAAAACAAAGUAGAGAAACCUAUAAGACUGAUCGCCAAAAAGUAGUGCAAAAAUCAGCUCUGAAGUCGAACAGAUAUAUUGAGGAAUUUGCAAAAUAUAUGGCUGUCUUGGAUGAAGAAGACCACAAUUCAAGAAGGAAGCGUAGAAGAAAUAAUAAUGAAGAAGAAGAACUCAAUACAUGUAUGAAAAAGAAGGGGCAAUAUCGGAAGCGUCGCAACAAUACAAGAGAAAUGUUAAAUAUGACCUGCAAGAAAUUGUUCCUUCGUAUAACGAAAAAGAACUCAAUACAGCUUUAAAAAAGAAGGGUCAAGCUCAGAAGCAUAACAAGAACACAAGAGAAAAUAUUGAAAGUAAGAAAGACGACCCGCAUGAAAUUGCUGUCUUGGCUGAAGAAGAACAACUCAAUACAUGAAAUUGCUGUCUUCAGCUGCUUCCUAUUGUAACUAGAAUUUCCAUUGUUUAUUUUGGGCAGAGUACCCGUGUCAGAGUUGAUGCUUCCCAAGGGAAAGUACUAGAGGAGUGAGCGUAUACACUGUAACAACUGCAAAACAUCCAUUUUUGAUCUUCGCGGAAAUUGUUCCAGCUGUUCCUAUGUUCUUUGCCUUACUUGUUGCCGGGAUCUUAGAGAUGGUAUUUAUAAAGGAGGUGAAUAAGAAGUCAUCAUGAAAUUCACUGACAACGGGGUUGCUUAUUUGCAUGGUGAUGUGAGAUUGGAUGCUAGAACUACCAUUUCCAGAAGGCCUAGAUUUUCCGAGAAGAUGGUUGACAGUGAUUCUGUGGGAGAUGCCAAGUUUGCGUUUGGUAUGGAACCUGGGGAUGAUGGAGGGCUUCUCCCGUAGAUCUCUGGUUACCCUGCUAGUGAAUGGAAAUGCACUGAAGAUAGUAGCAUCCCUUGUCCACCAGAGAAUUUUGGUGGCUGUGUUAAGGGAGUUUUAGAGCUGAAGUGCCUGACAUCAAAGUCAAAUCUCUUAGCUCUGAGUUGUUGGAAGAGGCUGAAGUUAUUUCCAAACGACUUGAAUUGGAAUACAUGCAUGAAAUUCCUCAGGAGUCAUGCUUAUGUAUGAAAUCAAUGGAUGAAAAUGAUAUGCAGAAAAGCAAAUUGCGUAAAGCAGCAUUUCGUGAAGAUUCUGAUGGCAAUUAUUUAUACUGUCCAGCAGCUAAAGAUCUUCAGCAGGAGGAUCUGAAGCAUUACCAAUGUCAUUGGAUGAAAGGUGAGCCUGCAAUUGUCGGUAAUGUGCUUGAGACUAUGUCAGGGUUAAGCUGGGAGCCCAUGGUUAUGUGGCGAGCAUGUCGCUAGAUAAAGAGCACAAACCAUCCCCUUCAUUUGAAUGUCAGCGCUAUCAAUUGCUUGGAUUGGUGUGAGGUUGAAGUUAACAUCCGCCAAUUUUUUAUGGGAUACAUGGAAGGUCGGUUUGAUAGUGCUGGCUGGCCCCAGAUUUUGCAGUUGAAAGACUGGCCUUCAUCUGAUUUUUUCGAUAAGCGGUCACCUCGUCACUGUGCUGAGUUUGUUAGAAGCUUGCCCUUGAAGGAGUACACAAAUCCUCAAAAUGGCUAUCUGAAUCUUGCUGUCAAACUGCCAUCAGGGUAUUUGAUGCCUGGCACGAGACCAAAAACAUAUAUUGCUUAUGGAGUUCCCGAGGAGCUGGGGCGUGGGGACUCUGUGAUUAAGCUGCAUUUUGAUAUGUCUGAUUCGGUAAAUGUGUUGACACAUACACAAGGAAUAAACCUGACACCUGAACAACUUUCGAGGAUUGAAAAAUUGAAAAGAAAGCAUGUUGCCCAGGAUAAUUGGGAAUUGCAAACGACUGACGAGGAGCACAAAUAUGGAAUCAAAACAUCAUCUAAGUUCAACGAGGACCAGCCUUUACUAGAUGAUAUAGAUGGAGGUGCAUUGUGGGAUAUCUUUAGAAGGCAAGAUAUUCCAAAGUUAGAGGAGUAUCUUAGGAAGCAUUUCAAGGAAUUCAGGCAUAUUAAUUGUUGUCGUAUACCACAGGUUAUUCACCCUAUACAUGAUCAAACAUUUUACUUGACUAAGGAUCACAAAAUUAAUCUUAAGGAAGAAUAUGGAAUUGAACCAUGGACCUUUGUUGAAAAAUUAGGGGAUGCAGUUUUCAUACCUGCAGGCUGCCCUUAUCAAGUUAGAAAUUUGAAGUCGUGCAUAAAUGUUGCUCUUUGCUUCGUUUCACCUGAAAACGUUGGUGAAUGCAUUCGUUUGACUGAGGAAUUCCGCAAACUUCCCCAAGAUCAUGUUGCUAAAGAAGACAAACUGGAGGUCAAAAAGAUGAUUUUUCAUGCCAUGACGGAUGCCGUUUGCGAACUGGGAAUGAGAAGUCAGAACAAUUCAAAGAUGGAUGGUGUCAAAUAUCUGUCAUCAAUGUCGUCAUCAACUCCAAUCAACAAAGUGCAAGACGCCAUGCCACAAGCAACUCCCCAAAUAUCUUUGGAUAUUGUGAAACAGUCAGAGGACAUGGCACAAGCCAGAAGGAAAUCUUCUGCUAUCGAAAAUGAGCUGCCUAGAACCGUGCAAAUUGAUUGUAGGAGUCCUGUUUCAAGUCAUCUUCUUUCUACAGAAAAGGCUAUGCCACAAGCCAGAAGAAAAUCUUCUGCUAUCGAAAAUGAGCUGGUUAGAACCACACAAAUUGAUUGUGGGAAACCUGUUUCAAGUCAUCUUCUUUUUGCAGAAAAGUCCAUGCCACAAACCAGAAGGAAAUCUCCUACUAUCGAAAAAGAGCUAGUUAGAACUGCGGAAACUGAUUGUCGGAGUCUUGUUUCAAGUCAUCUUCUUUCUGAAAAAAAGGCCAUGCCACAAGCUAGAAGGAAAUCUUCUGCUAUUGAAAAUGAGCUGGUUAGAACCGCGCAACCGUAUUGCGGGAGUCCUGUUUCAAAUCAUCUUCUUUCUGCAGAAAAGGCUAUGCCACAAGCCAGAAGAAAAUCUUCUGCUAUCGAAAAUGAGCUGGUUAGAACCACGCAAACUAAUUGUGGGAAACCUGUUCCAAAUCAUCUUCUUUCUGCAGAAAAGCCCAUGCCACAAACUAGAAGGAAAUCUCCUGCUAUCGAAAAAGAGCUGGUUAGAACUGCGGAAACUGAUUGUCGGAGUCUUGUUUCAAGUCAUCUUCUUUCUACAGAAAAGUCCAUGCCACAAACCAAAAGGAAAUCUCCUGCUAUCGAAAAAGAGCUGGUUAGAACUGCGGAAACUGAUUGUCGGAGUCUUGUUUCAAGUCAUCUUCUUUCUGCAGAAAAGUCCAUGCCACAAACCAGAAGGAAAUCUCCUGCUAUCGAAAAAGAGCUGGUUAGAACUGCGGAAACUGAUUGUCGGAGUCUUGUUUCAAGUCAUCUUCUUUCUGCAGAAAAGUCCAUGCCACAAACCAGAAGGAAAUCUCCUGCUAUCGAAAAAGUGCUGGUUAGAACUGUGGAAACUGAUUGUCGGAGUCUUGUUUCAAGUCAUCUUCUUUCUGCAGAAAAGGCCAUGCCACAAGCAACUCAGCAAAGAUCUUUGGAUAUUGUGAGACAGUCAGAAGACAUGGCACAUGCCAGAAGGAAAUCUUCUGCUAGUGAAAAUGAGUUGGUUAGAACCGCGGAAACUGAUUGUGGGAGUCCUGUUUUAAGUCAUCUUCUUUCUGCAGAAAAGGCCAUGCCACAAGCCAGAAGGAAAUCUUCUGCUAUCGAAAAUGAGCUGGUUAGAACCGCACAAACUGAUUGCGGGAGUCCUGUUUCAAAUCAUCUUCUUUCUGCAGAAAAGGCCAUGCCACAAGCCAGAAGGAAAUCUUCUGGUAUCGAAAUUGAGCUGGUUAGAACCGUGCAGCCUGAUUGCGGGUGUCCUAUUUCAAGUCAUCUUCUUUCUGCAGAAAAGCCUAUGCCACAAGCUAGAAGAAAAUCUUCUGCUAUCGAAAAUGAGAUGGUUAGAACCACGCAAGCUGAUUGUGGGAAACCUGUUUCAAGCCAUCGUCUUUCUGCAGAAAAGGCCAUGCCACAAGCAACACUGCCCACAUCCUUGGACAUUUUGGGACAGUCAGAGGACAUUCCACUGGGAAUGAAAAUAUCUUCUGCUAGUGAUAAUGAGCUGGUUAGAACCCCUCAAGUUGAUUGUCAAGGUCCUGGUUCAAGUCAGCUUUUUUCUGUCAGAAAGGCCAUGCGACAAGAAACUCCACCUGCAUCCUCAGACAUUGUGGAACCACUAGAGGACAGCGCUCCAGGCCAAAGGAAAAUAUCUUCUGAAAUUGAAAAUGAGCUGGUUAGAACCCUUUAAGCUGAUUGUCGAAGUCCUGUUUCAAGUCUUUUUUCUGUGGUAAAGGCCAUCAUGCUACAAGCAACUCCACCAGCAUCUUCAGACACUGUGGGACCACUAGAGGACAUGGUACAAGGUCAAAGGAAAAUAUCUUCUGAUAUUGAAAAUGCCACUACCCCUCAAGCUGAUUGUCGAAAUUCUUUUUGCAGUCAUUUUCUUUCUUUGGAAAAGGAUCGACCCGAGGAAAGCACAUCUGUACCUAAUCAGAAUCGAACUCCAACAAUAAUUCAAGAUGUGAACUCAACUUUCCACAAAGUAGAAUCAUUCCUAAAGUCUAUCCCGAAGGAUCAUUGUCGUUCACUAUCAGGUACACCAAAUUCUAAUCUGGAGUCUGCAAAGGAAACAGUGAAACAUUUUGUUGGAGGACCAUUGAAGAUGUUGGCGGACCGAGCUAAUGAAAAGAUAUUGAAGGAAGCAAUUAGCCUACUGAACGAGAAUCCCUCGUCAUUCUCUGAUGAACAAGCCAGGCUGUUGGUAAAGAUCAAACAUAUAUUCCCUUCGAUGGUUCAAGACCUGAGGGACGCAAGCCAGACCAAGUCUAGUUGCCAAGACUUCUUCAUUGAUCUUGAGAAGCACAGGAAAACUUUAGAUGACUUGAGGAACACUGACAUGGAAUUGAAGUUAAAGUAUGAUCAAGAAGAGGCUGAAGAGAAGAAAUGGAAACUAUGCUUAUGUUCCUUAGGAAGAGGAAGGCUGAAAUUCUAGAGAAAAGACUUGAAUUAUCUGUAAAGGCUAACCGCACAAUGCCUUCAGCAGAAGAAAAAGUAGGUAAGAUUGAAGACACCAAAAUACUGUCGGUCAAGGCUAAAGAGAAAAUUGAUAACUUAAAGAGGCAAUGGUCUGUUCUUAAACCUUUGCAUCUGUAAUUUGAAUGUCAACUCUUGUAACUGUUGUAUAGGGCAAUGUUAGUGCUAAUCAGUGCACUCUUUCGAAAAAAAACAAAAAAGAAAAGAGAAGGGACAUCUUGAAUGAUCUGGUUUUUGCAGUCGAUGAAGUGAUUAAGGGUUCGGACGUUCGGUAUGAUCAAUCUGUUUGGGGUUUAUUGGCUAUCCUUGUGAGCCAUCAAAUGGAGAUUGUCCAAGAUUUCGAAUGGAGUUAACUCUCAACUGCUGUGAAAGGUUAACUAGGAAACACAAAUUCUCUUAUGAAAAUGACAUGAUGUGGUAAAUUCAUGUUAUUUAUGUAAGAUAACACUAUAUAAUACUUUUUGAUAUUAAAAGGGUGUUGUAACUUUCAAUUUUAUCCUGGAUGAAAGUUAGUGUAUUUUUUGUAUAGAGCAAGUUUCAUCUUUU